CUGCUUUCCCGUAGUGGCGGUUUAUUAGCACCAGGUGGAUCAUAAACUUAACAUCUUCAUCGGAUUGAACUGUUUCUUCUUCUUUCUGGCCUUUGCCAUGGAGGAGGUGACCCGCCUGGUGUCAACGGGAGACUGUGUGAAGCUCUGGGAUGCGGUUUCCAUGGCGCCCCUGGAGCAGUUUAACCCACACAGCAGCAGCCACCCUGUUGCUCAGGCCUGCUGGAGCUCCAACAAUCAGUACCUGGUCAGUGCCAGCAGCAGCGGAGACAAACUGGUUCUUUCCAGCCUGAAGUCGACUCCUGUUCCUGUGGUGGAACUGGCAGACGGGAAAAGGCAGACCCGUGUGUGUCUGAGUUCUUCCUCCCAGUUCCUUGUCAGUGGUGGUCUGGAUCACUGUGUCCACAUCUGGGAUCUGAAGUCGAAGAGACUGCACCGCUCCCUCAAAGACCACAAAGAAGAGGUCACCUGCGUGUCCUUUAAUGCCAACGACAGCUGCAUCGCCUCGGGCUCCACUAGUGGGGAUCUGGUUCUCCACAGUCUGACCACCAACCUGUCCAGCAGGGCGUUUGGUCACGGCAGCAACCAGCCCGUCCAUGACCUGAGGUUGUCCAUGGUGAAGCGCUCCCUGCUGGGCACCGUCUCUGACAGCGGCACCGUGGUUCUGUGGGACUCCAACACCCAGAAGGAGCUCCAUGUGUUCGACAGCGCUCACAAGGCCCCUGGCUCCGGCUUGGCCUUCUCUCCCACCAGCGACCUGCUGGUAGUCAGCGUCGGCCUGGAUAAGAAGAUCAUCUGCUAUGACACGGCCAGCAAGAUAAUCCUGAGGUCGAUCCGCGUGGACAGUCCUCUGACCUCGGUGGACUUCACUCUGGACGGUACUGGUCUGGUGGUCGGGUCCACUCAGGGGAAGAUCUACCAGUACGACCUGAGGAACUCCAGCUCCCCCACCAGGAUCACUGUGGCCCACAAAACCUCAGUCACCUGCCUGCGUUUCCAGAGCAACACCAGCAGACACAAGUCCAGUAAACUGGGAUCCACCAAGAUUUCCAGUAUAAAGAGAUCCACCUCAACGCUGUCCAGCAGCCAUCCAGAUCCCCCCCCCAGCACAGAUCCCACCCGCCACAGGCCGGCGACCGACACAGCAGGAGGUGCCGGUGUGACGAUGAUGGGUCGGGAGGCAGAGGGCCAACAGGGGGCCGAGCAUCAACCCGCAGUGGAAAAGUUCAGCAACGUUGGACGAAACAGUCUGGACGUCUUCUCUCCUGCUCGUGAAGGUCCAGACUCUGGGAACCGAGGGGGAACUGCAGACACACCAACUGGAAGAACACCAAUUACCAGCUUUGAGAUGCUGUCCAGAGAAAGGGAGGGUCAGCAGCUGAUUGGCCGGGCCAGUCUGGACAUAUUCUCUCCAGUCAGAGAAGACUCUCUCUCAGGUGGCGGCUCACAGCGGAAGACCCCUCUGGCCUCUGCAGGAAGAUGUUACAGCCCGCUGUCAGUCUUCCAGUCGCCACUUACCAUUAAAGAGGAGGAGCCAAUCACAGCUUCAGCUGUAGAACCAUGUGACACCAGGAAGGUGAUGACCUCUGACCUCGGAGCAACAUCUGAUAAGACCGGCAGUCCCAGUCUGGAGGGGGAGGGCCAGACCACGCCCUCCACAUCCCAACAGGCCAGCCUCAGUCAGCCAGCCCCACCUUUCUUUACUCCAGAGCCCAGCCUCCGAAAAGCCAAUGGAAUUCAAACUCAGUUGAGCUACGACUCACCUGACCACGGAGCUCCACCUACCAGCAAAGCAGGUCCAGCUGCGACGGCGGCCGUGUCCUCCUCGCUCUCUCAGAACAUCGCUGACGUGGUUGGACAGGGUGGAGCUGCUCCUCUCACCUCCCUGCAGAUACACUUCAUCCAGAGCAUGAUUCAUGAAACUCUGGAGGAAUUCAGGGACGCCUGUCAUCGAGACAUCCUCAACCUUCAGGUGGAAAUGAUCCGACAGUUUUACAUCCAGCUGACUGAGAUCCACGGUCUGAUAGAGAAAUACUCUGUUAAUGAGUCCCUGGUGGAAGAAAUCGAGAAGCUGCGAGAAGAGAACCGCCGGCUGAGAACCAACUACUGACCGGCUGCAGAACGAGGCGUUGGGGUGGAGCUGUGGAGGCGGCACCACCUUCAGGGUCUGGGUCUGAGAUUCUACAGCUGCUGUCUGGGAGCUCAGUCUGCUUCAUUUAUGCUUCACUUCCUGUCCUCAGACGGUUGGACCCGGAGUCGCCUGCAUGGCCUCCUGCAUUAUGUGUGUGAUGUUUGUGUGUUUUGUACGAGGAGGCUGAAGUGUCCUUAAGUCACUAGUUGGAUAAACUUAAAAAUUUGGUCAAACGUCUUUUGUUAUUGUAAUUUAAUAAAUCUGUAACUCCA